AUGGUACUUCGAAAUUCAGUUCAUAAGAAUUCAAAUUAUGAUAGCAGUUGCAGUGAUGAGACAAAUGAUAUGAAUGAUAAUGAUGAAAGUGAAAUUGAUAGCGAUGAAGAUUCGGAAGCUGGCGAAAAAUGCAUUCAAUUACUUUCAUCAUUGCUAAAUUCCGGACCACGUUAUUAUUCCGCUGGACAUUGUAAUCCAUCAUUACCGGUGAACAAUAAUAAUUCAAAUUGGUGUGAUACUGUGACAUUUCAAAACUUAUCUAAAUUAGAAUUAUUACUUGGAUCAAAUUUGUCAUCACAAUUACCAUCUCCACUUGAAGAAGAUUGUCAACAAUUGACAAUUGGUCAAUUUUCAACUGAUAACAUUCCAACGAUGGAAAAACAAAGAUUUGUUGGAUUUGAAAAUGUGAAAGAGACAGAAGAGCAGAAAGGUCAGUUAAUAGGACAAUCUCAGAAUUCCACAACAGCAGUACCACAACAGAUUCUCGGGUCAUCAACAUCAUCAUCAUCAUCAUCACCAUCAUCAUCGAUAAAACCGUCAACAACAACGACAACAGCAACUUCAAAUGAACAGAAAGCAGUAAAUAUAUCAGUGGAUGGAGGAGGUGGAGCUCGAGAUAUGGUCCGAGUACGACAACGCCCUCAUAUACCACCGAAACCACAGAUGGACGCCGUCAGAUACAGCAUGGCGAAUGUACAAGAAAGUUGUGACUGGGAAUUGGAUACUUUAUUGGGUGAAUUAUCAGCAUUGGAACAGCAACUUACAGUUGGUGGUGACCAGGCUCUUCUUGGCCUUCCAACUCUUCCCACUUCUGUUUCUCGAGAAAGUAGUCUCAAUCAAAGUAAAAGAAAUAGCACUCUUUUAACUUCUGUUAUGCAACAUAAUGAUACAAAAAGAAUUGGUCAUCAAUCGAAUGCACAACAUUCAUUCUCCUAUCACGAUAAUUUUAUGCACAGCUCAGGUACUAUCGGAGCUGUGAUGUCAACCGAUUGUCCAAGUCCUGAUCGUGAUUCCGCUUUUGGUGACUCAUCCAGUACCGAAUCUCGAAACAAUAAUCGAAAUUGCAGAAAUUCAGCUAUCUCAUGUUCCGAUAGCUGUCGUGGCUCACUUAAUACGCCAAGUCCAAUUCAACAGGCUUCUCCAAAUCAAUCGUCGACUUCUUCCGCUUUAGAGUCCUCUCAACUUCGUCAUCACCACCACCACCACCAUCACCAACAACAACAACAACAAUCACAACAACAACAACAACCUACUCGUCCACUUACUGCUAAUGAGAUAAAAGCGGCUAAGAUACGUGAAGCGUUAGAAAAAAUGCGUGAAGCAGAUAUUAAAAAAAUUUACGUGAAAUUUUUCAUCGAUGAUGGCUCAUCAACUAUUUCAUUAUUAAUCGAUGAAAGGUGGACAGUUGCUGAAUGUAUCCGUCGAAUUGCAACAAAAUUAAAUGUUCCAUUAAGCGAACACCAUGCUAUUGUCGAGGAGUAUCCCGAGCUUUACAUCAAACGAAUCUAUGAGGAUCAUGAAUAUUUAGUGGAAAAUAUUAUGAUGUGGACAUUAAAUUCUCAAAAUAAAUUAUAUUUUACUCGACGUUUGGAUAAAUAUUCAUUUCUGGAUCGACCGGAAGAAUUUCUGGUAACUGAGAAAAACAUUGAUACAUUGGUACAUGGACCACCGUCACCGAAUACAAAAAGACAUGUAAUUAGGGAAUUUUUUGAAGGUGACAAUGUACAACCACCAGAAACAGAAGGUUGGCUAUUUUUAAAAUCUGAUGGCAAAAAAUCAUGGAAGAAACAUUUCUUUGUGCUCCGUUUAUCCGGUCUUUACUACUGUCCAAAGGGUAAAAGUCGUAACUCAAAGGAUUUGCAAUGUUUAAUGAAUAUGCAAAAUAAUCAAAUUUAUACGGCCACUGACUGGAAGAAGAAAUAUAAGGCACCGUCCAGUUAUGGUUUUGCAAUCAAACAUCCAAAAAUUCAAGUGAAAGCAUCAAAAUAUAUCAAAUAUAUUUGCACCGAAGAUGCGUUAACAUUUCACAAAUGGAUGGUUGCUUUGAGGAUUGCGAAGAAUGGUCAAAAUUUAUACGAGAAUUAUAUAGAAAUGAAAAAACAACAGCAAAAAGAAUCAAAUGGUGGUAUAAUUCAACCUGUAAAAGUUGGAAUUCCUCAAAUUUCACCUGUUGAUUCAAAUCGUAUAUCAUUUGUUGAAAUGCGAAAAAAUAACAUACGACAAUGUCAAGAGCAAGAUCCAUCAUCUUUGCUAAAUUUAAAUCGUGAUUUACGAACUCCAAUUACAUCAAGAUUAUCAGUUGGAACAAGUAAUGAUGAAAAUUCUUCAUCACAUCAAAAUAGUAUCAUUUUUGAUCAGUGUGAUGAUAUUAUAACGGGUACAAUCAAAAGAGCACCAUGCGAUAUAAUGCUUAAUAAUAGACAAUCAACGAUGACUGAUCAUCGAAGUUCAAGCGAUGGCAUUGCUUCGCCAAGUGGUCGUAGUGGCGGUACCGCCGAGAGUGACAGCGAUGAGGAGCAAUUUCCGCCACUACCUCCAACUGUAGCUGCUACUAUCUCUCACGGUGAUAAUUCUCAUAAUAAUGUAAAUAGAAAUGAAGUUGACAGUGCAAUAGUAAAAUCAACAACAAAAAUUUGUUUACCCAAACAACAACAACAACAACAACAACAGCAACAGCCAAGUACUAGUCAUAUGAUUGCUACCCGAUAUGGUAAUGGAAUUUCACCAACCUAUGCUAAUGGUAAUUACGUAUCAAACGUGAAAUCAAACGUUAUGGCACCAAUACCACCAGCAAAACCACAAUUUAUUAUGCAAAAUGAACGAAAUAGCAAUCAAAUAAUUACAACUGAAAGCAAUAUAACAUUGGCAAAUAAUAAUCAACAUCAACAUCAUCAUCAUCAUCAAUUUGGAAUAAAUCCCUCACAAAUAUCGCUAACAUCACCAUCAAAGAAAAUACCACCGCCACCACCACCGAAACGUUCCGAUACCACUAAACUUCAAUCGAUGAAUACUGAAGCUUUACAUUCAGAACUUGAAAUAGCAAUGGCAAGGAGAUUACAAAAAAUUGGACAACUUUAG